CCUCUUCUUUAUCAACAUCAUCACCCAUCUGCUUACAGUAGCACAACAAACACCCAUUCUCUCAGCCGUCUCAUCAACCCUAGUAACCAAACCCUUUCCCCCUCCCUAAAAACACUCUCUCUACAUUUCCCAAAACAAUGGCCUCCAGAGCAUUCUCCUCUUUCACGGCUAACCCCGCUCUCUCUCCCAGGCCAGUACUCCCUCACGGCCCUGCUUCCCCGGCUGUUUCUCUCGGCUUCUCCAUGAAAACUGGCGCCGGCAGAGCUGUGGACGUUUCCGCCGCUACUGUGGACACCAACAACAUGCCUAUGACCGGUGUCGUCUUCCAGCCGUUUGAGGAGGUCAAGAAAGCCGAUCUGGCCAUCCCCAUCACAUCUCAUGUCUCCUUCGCUCGCCAAGGCUAUGCCGACUCUUCCGAGGCAGUCAUUAAUGAGCAAAUCAAUGUGGAAUACAACGUCUCCUACGUAUACCAUUCCAUGUACGCAUACUUCGACAGAGACAACGUCGCUCUUAAGGGACUAGCCAAAUUUUUCAAGGAAUCAAGUGAGGAAGAGAGAGGGCAUGCUGAAAAGUUUAUGGAGUACCAGAACCAAAGAGGAGGAAGAGUGAAACUUCACCCCAUCGUCUCACCUAUCUCAGAAUUCGAACAUGCUGAAAAAGGAGAUGCAUUAUAUGCAAUGGAGUUGGCUCUAUCUCUCGAGAAACUCACUAAUGAGAAGCUUCUAAACGUUCACAGGGUGGCAUCAGAGAACAAUGAUCCCCAGCUAGCUGAUUUCGUUGAGACUGAAUUUCUUGGAGAACAGAUUGAAGCAAUCAAGAAGAUCUCAGACUACAUCACUCAGCUAAGGAUGGUUGGCAAAGGCCACGGAGUUUGGCAUUUCGACCAGAUGCUUCUGAAUUAGACUGGACCUCUAUAAGAGCACUUUCAGACGGCCAAUGUUGGGGCUACUCAGAAGAACCCAAAGAUUAUCGAAAAGCUUUAGAUUGGAAGUUAUGGAGUAAUAAAGAUUGUAGUAGUAAGCUUUGUGUUUAAGUUGGUGUUUGUAAUAACUUCCUAAGCCAAAUUAAUGAAGUUUUUGUUUUACUAUU